GCAAGCUGGGAGCGAAUGCACAAUUGGUCGUGUAUCUUGCUUGGAAUGGUUUUGGUGCUUCACAUUGAUUUCCUUUUACCAUUUGUGCUUUGUGGGAUAUUGAACUCAAGGAACAUGACAGAACGAAAGAGGAAGCCCAAGUUCUCCAGGGAGGAGCUGGACAUUCUGGUCACGGAAGUGACUCGGAACGAAGCCAGGCUGUUUGGAAGGGAGACGAUACGUCUAUCCCACGCAGACAGGGACAAGAUCUGGGAAAGUAUAGCCAGGAAAAUCACAUCGGUGAGCCAGGUCCCCAGGUCUGUGAAAGAUAUUAAGCACAGGUGGGACGACAUGAAGAGAAGGACCAAAGACAAACUGGCAUACAUGCAGAGGUCCCUCUCCAGUCCCAGCAGCCCGGGGAGGCCCUCGGCCAUUGUCCUGACCGCCCACGAGAGAGCCAUCGAGUCGACGCUGCAUUCGUCACGCCAGAUGCACGGCUUCCGGAGAGCGGAUCUGGACGUGGUUGACAGCCCAUCAACCAGCUCUGACGAAGAUGUGGAGGUGCCCGGCCCCUCGCGGCAACACCACUUUUCAUCACUGCAGAGGCACGCAGAAGAAGCUGACCUUCUCCCCAUACCUUCAUCGUACCUUCAUUCUUCUUCUCUGUCAGAUCACUCGGAUGUUAUUAACCAAAGGCAGGAAACGAGGCAGCCAAACCCAUGUUCCCAGUCCUCCUUUAGGCCCCCUCGGCCCUAUGCCCAAAGCCCACCCAUCUCUGGCUUUGACCGCCAGCUCUUUGACACCCACGUUGAACAGACGGAGCUCUUCAGGCAGUUCUGCCAAGAGCUGGUAACAAUCCACAGAGACAUGGCAAAUAACAUGCAUGUGAUCAGCCAGAGGAUGUCUGAUCUGACUGGGCAGGUCAGCCAGAUGUGCCAGACCUUGACCAAAAUCAAGGACGAGCUUCAGACUUUGAACAAGGUUCAGGUUCCCAGCACUAGCCAGGUGGCAGCACCAAUGAACCCUUCUGAACCCAAGGCAGGGAAUAGCCAAAGCCGUCCCAAACAGACGCCUCUUCCUCGGACGACUAGGUCACGGAAGAGAAAACACCACUUCUAGCUCCCUUCAUAUUAAACAGGAAAAGAGAAAAAAAAAAUCAUUAGCAUGACUAUUGGGGAAGAUCGGUGAGAGUUCCCUAUUAAGAUGAAUAUAAAUUAGGACAGUUUAGCAGUAGGCUUUGCUCUGUGCACUUGGAAGCGCAGCACCUUGCUUGCCCGCCCUGUAUUGGAAGCUGUGAACACCUUAAAUACACACAGGUGAAAUUUAAUGGCUGUCUUGCUCGAUGGAGUCAAGGUGCACAUAGAUUUGUUUCCUUAACCUUUUAUGCUCAGGAAACGUUACUUAGGCUUUGCAUUUAAAUAAUUGCACUUAAGGUAAAACAAUCUACAAAUAUAUUCUCUCCCCCCCCCCUUUACUUCUGCAAAUGCACUAUGUGGAUCUAAGAGCCGUAAACGGACCACAUUCUUUGCCAUAGUUAGCUAUUGUGGUUUGGGGUCUGAGUACUAAAGCUGGGUAGAUACUGACAAAAGGAGGGACCUGGAAAAAUAGGAAAAAACAAUGCCUGCUUCUGAAGCUUGCAAACCACCACCCAGAACACUGGACUUAUCAACUUUUUCUGUUGGGUAGCAAAAGCAGUUAUGGCAGGUGUCAGCCACUUCAGCCCUUUAAGAGGGGUUAACUAGCAGAAUUUGGUAAUAUUGCAGUCCAUAAAAAUAAGUGCAUUCUUUUGAAAGUAAGUUGCACUGAAAUCAGUUUGCUAAACCUGCUAGAAGCAUGUUUUGGAUAAGGUAAACCACUGGCCAGCGUGCUAAUUUUUUCUACUUGGUCAUGUCAGACUACAUCUUCAGUUCUUUAGGAUAUUAAUAAGAGUAGUGCAGUAAUCCCUCAUCUUAAAUGGGGAUCGCACCUAAAGCUAAAAUUGCAUAUAGGCAAAACACUGGGUGCAAUGAUGGGUAGAAUUGCCAAAGCUUUUUUCUCCUGGAUGCCCAUCCUGCUUUCCACCCAUAUAUGUCAAAGCUGAACGGACACAAGUUAAAUGUGCGCAAGUUGUGGACUUACUGUAUACCAAGCUGUACCUUAAAAAAAAAACAAGCUCACAAAUUUAACAAUUUGAGUUGAGGGAUGGCUUUUUCAGAAGCAACUAACUGGCACAUGCUCAAAUGCUGGCUUUGACACCAAUGUAAUUCUCCUGACAUCUUCAGAAUUGCUCUUUUGUUUGCAAACACAAUGCCGUCUUUUUAACCUCCGUGUCUUAUCACAGGCUUGCUGGUGCGUGUUCUCUUUAUACCAGCUUACUGCUUAACAGGAGCGCUGUGCAUGCAUUCAAAAGAACAUGUAAGGGCUUAAACUGGUGCAGCAGGUGUUACCCACUCCCACCCGUCCCCCAGACUUCCCACAUCGAAUGGUUUCCGAUCUUAAGGAGGUAUGCAAGUGUGUCCAGCCAAAUGCUCCCAAGUCUUCCUACCAAACACAGGAAAGAUGCAGAAGGAGAUGCGCCUGGUACGCACAGGAUGGGUGCGAAUGGCAUGUGCAUAGUUGCUUGCCCAGUUUAAACUUUCAUAUAAUUCUUUUGAAUCCAGGAAUAGGGAAAAUAGGAGAUGUAAGCUACUGCCUAUUUGAAUCAAGAUUACUGUCUACUUAGUUCUAAAUGUAGUCUAGCCUGGCCUGUUAGAACUCUGCUAUGGUUCUGGAACUGGAUGUUUUGAUCGUAUUCUCACACCUGCUUAUAGUACAUAAGCUAAAAUUGCAUGUGCACUGUACACUUUUCAUACCUGCAACUGCUCUUCUGCACCCUACGGAUGUCAAGAGUUGAGACACAAUCACCUUACAGUUAUAGCUGCAGUAGGCUACCUUCCACAAGGCCCUUCUGGCAGUGAGGGUAAAUUUAGGGUGCACACUUACCGGGGAAGGGAACCCUAAUGAACUCAAGAAGACUUCCUUCUGUGUAAACACACAUAGGAUUGUGCUGUGAAGGUUAAAGUGUGUUGGGGCAACCCCACCUCUACUUUUCCUGAGGCUACUUAAGACCAGUGUUCCCUGAGAGGAGGCAGAAGAGGAGAAGGCCAGGCCAGGGUGUUAAUUCCACCAGCUCCUGAAGUAGACCUGAGAUUAUUUUGCUUUGUAUUAAUAUCUUAACCCACAAACCUCCUUGGAUGCCUUGAUAGAAAGGCUUCAUAUAAAUUCAAUAAAUAAAAAUGAUGAAAAUAUGAUCAGACUGGUUUUUGAAAGCCUAUUUCAGAUGAAACGUCACUCAUCUGCAGUGUUGCCACCUAUUUGCAGGGAAUUUAAAAUCCAUUUGGCAUUAAAUGUGGAUCACUUUUUUUCGUGAAUUAACAAAGUUCAGCAUUUGUAUACUUUUGAGGCAGGCAUAGCACCAGUUUGUUGCAAGUUAAUGUGAAUGAAAUAAUGGUGCAGGGUCUGGCAGUGCCUGGUCCUCAGAGCUUUCCACCACCAACGUGGAUGGGUUUUGCUCUCCUCCAAAGCAAGUCUAGAUUGUAAGCUCCUUGGAGUAGAGACCUCUUUCUUUUGCUCCUCUUAACCCUAUAAAGGACCAUGUCCAUUGA